GAUCAUGUAGCUGACUGUGUUGCAUUAUUGCUUUCUCAUCUAAAACUUAGUGACUUCAUCAGUUCCUUCCAUGGAAUUCGCGUCUUCAUCAUCCAACCUCCAACGGAAGUACGAUGUGCUCAUCCACUUCGAUGGAGAAGAUAUCCGCAGGAAAUUUGUUUCUCAUCUCGAUUCCGCCCUCUCUGCUGUUGGAUUCACCACUUUCCUUCAUGAGGAGAAUGCAGUGAAGGAAAUGCAGAUCCAAGAACCUAUUCUCGAUCUCUGUCGGGUAGUAAUUGUUGUUUUCACCAAAUCUUAUUCUCAAUCUGCUUGGUGUCUUCAUCAACUUCAACAAAUCAUUCAAUGGCAAGAAACUUAUUCCCGACAUGUUCUUCCGGUGUAUUACGAAAUUCAACCAUCUGACGUACGUCUUCAGAAGGGUAAUUUUGGUACAGCCUUUAAAGCUACUGCACACCAAACUUUCUCAGACAAACAACUGGAGCAUGGCAUGUGCAUGUGGAGUCACGCUCUCACCAAGACUGCAAAUUUCUUUGGAUGGGAUGAAAGCAAUUACAGGAGUGAUGCUGAACUAGUGGACAAAAUUGUAAAGAGCAUUCUUAAUUUACCAGUCUUGUCGGCUACUAAAUUUCCAGUUGGAUUACAAUCCUACGUGGAAGAUGUGAUUCAAAUUAUAAAAGAUAAAUCCGCGGAAGUUUGUAGGAUAGGGAUAUGCGGAGUGGGAGGAUCGGGUAAAACCACUCUUGCCACAGCCAUCUAUAAUCAAAUUCAUAGUACAUUUACGCACCAAAGUUUUAUUGAAGAUAUUUCAGAAGUUAGCGUAACAAAAAGGGAUUAUUAUAUACAAAAACAACUUUUUUCGGAUGUCCUAAAAACAAAUUUGAAGAUACAUUGCAUUGAGAUGGGAAGAAGAAUGAUUCAGGAAAGACUUUAUGGGAAAAAGAUGCUCAUUGUACUAGACAAUGUGAAAGACGAUAUUUCACUAUACAUAUCGGAAUGUAGUGCACUUUUGGGUGAAGGAAGUGUAAUAAUAAUGACAACUAGAAAUGAAGACUUACUGAAGAAACUUCAAGUUGAUUCUAUUUUUCGAAUAAAGCUAGGGAACCCAAAAAAGUCAAUUGAGCUUCUUAGUUGGCAUGCAUUUAGGGAAGCAAAACCAAAAGAGGAAUACUAUUCGCUUGCAAAAAGACUUGUUGCUUACUGUGGAGGACUACCUCUGGCUCUUGAAGUCGUUGGAACAUAUUUAUAUGAAAGGACGGAAGAAGAAUGGAAUACAGUAUUGUUGAAAUUAGAUAAUGCUCCUCAACAUAAAGUUCUACAGAUAUUGAAAAUAAGCUUUGAAGGUUUGCCUAAUCAAAUGGAAAGAGAUCUAUUCCUUGAUAUAUGUUGUUUCUUUGUUGGUAAAGGCAGAUCUUAUGUUAGGAAGAUCCUAAAUGGCUGUGGAGUAGACGCUGAUAGUGGAAUAAAAGUUCUCAUAGAGCGUAACCUCAUCAAAGUUAAAAAGAACAACAAAUUUGGAGUGCAUCCUCUGCUACGAGAUAUGGGAAGAGAAAUUAUUUCUGAUAUUUCAAGAAACGAAACUCGUAAACUGUUAGAGAAUACUCUCUUUUCAUCACAACAGACAAAAAUCAUUCAUAGAUUGCGUGGCACAGGAGAUUUCUUCGAACGUCACCCUUUAAAGGUAAGAGACCCAUCAAGACUGCUUGAACUCCUUGGAGCUUCUGAGUACCAUCCUAAGAAACUAACAUGGAUAAGUUGGCAAGGGUUUCCAUCAGAAUACCUACCUAACGACUUUUAUCUGCAUGAUGCCAUAGCUAUUGAUUUAAAAUACAAUCUUCUUCGAUUCCUAUGGAAACAACCUCAGGUUUUGGAGUCGCUAAAAGUCCUCAACCUCAGUCACUCAAUAUACUUGACAAAAACCCCUGACUUUUCGACACUACCCAGUCUUGAACAGCUCAUUCUCAAAGAUUGUCCAAGAUUGCGCGAAGUUCACCAAUCUGUUGGAUGUCUAUACAAUCUUACACUUCUAAAUUUGAAGGAUUGUACAAGUCUAAGCAAUCUCCCAAGAGAGAUAUAUAAGUUGAAAUCUUUGAAAACUCUCAUUCUCUCUGGUUGUUCAAAGCUAGGCCUAAUGGAGAAAGAUAUAGGGCAAAUGGAAUCCUUGAUAACUCUAAUUGCUGAAAAUACAGUUGUGAAACAAGUGCCUUUUUCCAUUGUAUGCUCAAAAAGCAUUGGAUAUAUAUCCCUACAUCGAUUUGAGGGAUUGUCACAUUAUCUUUUUCCUUCUAUCAUUCGUUGUUGGAUGUCGCCAACGAUGAAUCCCCUAUCUUAUAUUCAUUCGUUUUGCAUGGAUAAGGAGCAUAGUAGUGGGGAUGAUAUUAUGCCACUAUUUAACACCCUUCCAAAUCUUCGAAGUGUUGUGGUGCAAUGUGACUCCGAAUUUCCACUAUCUAAACAAGUAAAAUCUACUCUGGUCGAAUAUGUUGUAAAUAUUUCAGAAUCAGGAAUUUCAAAGCAUCACUUCAGGUUAUCUUUGAUUGGUUUCGGAAGACAUGGUGAAUUCUUCAAUACUAUGAACGAGAGCAUAUCUAAGGUAUUGACAAACAAUAAGUCAGGUGAUGUUUCUCUCCCAGGUGACAAUGAUCCUUAUUGGUUGACCCAUAUGGGUGAGGGACAUUCUGUUUCUUUUACUUUGCCUCAGGAUCGUGUCAUGAAGGGAAUGACUUUGUGUGUUGUUUAUUUAUCAACCUCCAAAAUCAUUGAACCUGAACUUACUGCUGUCUUAAUCGUUAAUUACACAAAGUGUACAUUGCAAAUGCACAACCAUGGCUCAACAAUGUCCUUUAACGAUGAAGAUUGGGAUUGCAUAAUGUCAAAUUUAGGAUCUGGUGACAAGGUGGAGAUUUUUGUGACUUUUGGUCAUGGAUUGAUGAUCAAGAGCACAAGUGUCUAUCUUAUAUAUGCUGAAUUAAAUGACUUCGAAAUGGAGCAUUGUCCUGAGCCAAAGGAAAAUACGUUAAAUAAAUUCAUUAAGAAAAUGUUAAUGUCUCACUUCUGGUAAGUGCACGUUCUGCUUUGAGAACAGAAAAUGAGCCAGAGCUAAGGACCCCUUGAGUUAUGGAAUUAAUCAUGGUCUUUAUUGGAACACAACCCUUCAAAAGGGUUUUUUUGUUUUUGUACAAAGGUUAACCAUUUGUUUAAGCGGUUCCUGUUUUUUUGAGA